GAUGUAAAUCUGGGUGAGGUGAAAAAAACCUCAUCAUCUUUCGUUUCCAAAAUAAUUGACUCCCUCUCUCAUUCCUCUCUUCCUGCUUUCCCUCCCUCCCUCUUGCACUGCCUGUGAAAGAUAUGGGAACAUCCUUGAGUUAGGAGGCACGUUCAUACAUAGAUGACUGUCUACUGAUGCAUCAGCUGAGAGUUUAUUACAAAUCUCAAGUGGAACUACAAGUAGGAUCAGAAAUAACCACCGAUCACAGAGGUGGAUGCACUGAAGCCUCGGGAUAAAGGGUAGCAAAGGCCCAUCUGAGCAGGGAGUAUACCAUCAAAACAGAAACCCAGAGAGGAAGGACACAACAACAUGCAGACAAAGCAAAACAAAAGGAUGGUCUUUCCAUUCCAGAUACACAAAUCUAUUUUUCUCAUCCUACUAUUCAAUGUCCCACUUCCCAGCACAUGUCAGACCACACUGAAUGCUGGCACCCUCAACCAAACCAUCCCUCCCAGUGCUGCCACUAGCUCUAAUGCUAUCCCCAAUACCAACACACACAAUCCCACUGUAAAAUCCACUAUCAACCGAAGCACCAUUUCAUUCCUCCAACGCAACUCUUCCUCAAACUCCACUUCCCAGGAUGCAAUCCUGGGGUGUGGGGCGGAUCUGGACCCUGUGUACUCCUACCUGUGUGACCGUCAGGCGGCGUGGGGUAUCGUAGUGGAGAGCCUGGCCUCACUGGGUUUUGUGGUCAGUUCAGGGCUGCUGGUGGGGCUGCUGUUCUGGACCCUGUGGAUGUGUGUGUCGUCCCGCCAGCGCAGGGGCAUCGGGGGGAGCUUAGCUUCCAUGGCUCUGUUCCUGCUCAGCACGGCGGGGGUCUUCGCCCUGACCUUUGCCUUCGUCAUCCGCCUCACCACCCAGACAUGCCCCACGCGCCUCUUCCUGUUCGGGGUGCUAUUCUCCCUGGCUUUCUCCUGCCUGCUGGCUCGCUGCCUGGCCCUACUGGGUUUCUCUGUAGCCCGGGGCUGGGGGGAGGCUGGGGUGGCUCUGGCCCUCUCCACCCUCCAGGUGGUCAUCGCUACAGAGUGGCUGAUCAUCGUGCUGCUGCGGGACGGCCAGCCCUGCCAGUACUCCCAGGGGGAGUUUGUCAUGUUGCUCAUCUACGUGCUGGUUCUGCUGGCCGCCGGCCUGGUCCUCUCCCUGUGCUGCCUCUGCCGCUCCUGUCUCACCUACAGCUACAGCGGGGGCAGCCACCGACAGAGCCAGGUCCAGGCCACGCUGCUCUGCCUCACCCUGCUGCUGUCUGCUGCCAUCUGGGUGGUGUGGAUCGCCCUGCUGACCCGGGGUAACAUGGAGAUGGGCCGGCGGCCACAGUGGGAUGACCCGGUGCUGAGUAUAGCCCUGGUGGCCAACGGCUGGGUCCUGCUGCUGGGCCACGGACUAGCCCAAGUGGUUCUCCUCUGCAGGUGGGAGGCCAGCUCCAAGGAGGGCCCCCUAGACUUUGGUGGAUGGACCAGUCCCAACGCCAACCUGCCAGGGCUGGGGAGCCCGAAAGAAGGGAGGGAGAACAGAAGCUUUGAGAACGACGGCAGAAAACAAGACCCCGUUUUCCAAUCACCAUAUGAGUCUGGAUUCUCAAUGGCAGAAAUAGAUCCUGACAAAGAUUACUCCAUCCCUCGUCCUCAGACCACCAACAUCAGCGAGCCCUAUGAUGUAUACUAUGGACACAGCCUGUCUGAUUAAGAUCACAUUGCUUUUCAUGUACACACACCCACACACAAAGACAACCUAACAGCUUAACAUAUGUAAAAAACGUUACAACCGCAAUAGCAUCUGCUAUACAUGUGUAUGUGACUAAUACAAUUUCAUUUAUACAUGCACUCUCACAUGGCCCAGAAAUGUUUUGGAAGUUCAGCUACAAAUGUAUAUGUCUUGUAUAGAACCUGCAUUGCAACAUGAUUUCCAUAAUUACGUGACUAAGGCUCAAUUGAUUAAUGACAUUUUUCUUUACUCAGGCUGGAUCCAGAUAGAAUGAGCUUACUGAAUCUGAGCUAAUGUGACAAGAGUGUUUUUGCAACUUGCUACUUGAAAACACCAGAGACAGUGUCUAAUAGUCUCAGGCAGGAGGAGGCGUGAAUCUGUCUGUAUCAGGGUGCCAAACUGCAGGGAUGGGCAGGGGCAGCGCCAGGCAUGUGUGAAGGAGAGACAGGACCUGGCAGCGAUAAAAUAGACCCUUGUCAUCAUGUCUUAACAUCUUACGUAAAGGUGGAUGCCAUUUUUUUUCUUCUUUACAUCCCACUUUAGAAACACAUGUUUAUGCAUAUAAAUACAUGCUAUGCAUAUUGUGCCGUUUGAAAAAGUGUUAUUAAAAUGGAAUGUUAAAAGGUA